AUGGAGUUAGAGGCUAUUUAUGAAAAUGUUGAACGCAGAGAUAUUCAGAACACAACUGGACCUCAAAUUCAGAGUCACGGCCAGGAUGAAGGAAAAGAUCUAAAGCGCAGAAGUAGAUGUUUGGUGUUGAUCACAGUGGGUCUCGGGCUCAUUUGUGUUCUUCUGCUGGUCUUCAUCAUACUGCAGAACAUCACCAUCACAGCAGAGAGAGACCUGAUAAACAGUUACAAGAACACAGUCGAAGAGUUCAAUCAAACCAUCAACAGCUUACAGGACAAUUACACUGAUCUAAUGACUGAAAAACACCAACUGCAGAUCAACUUCAACUCUUUGAGUCAGAAGAAGCUGGAGCUGGAGACCAGAGUCAAAGAUCUCACUGCUGAGAAAAACCAGUUACAGAGAAACUUCAACUCUUUGAGUCAGAAGAAACUGGAGUUAGAAAGCAAAGUCACUUCUCUGAGUGAUAAACUAAACAUGGACGCUUCUAAACGAGUUUGUUUUUUCAUAUCCAACGAGUUGAAGAGCUGGUCUGACAGCAGGCAGUACUGCAGGGAACGUGGAGCUGAUCUGGUCAUUAUCAACACUGAAGAGAAGCAGAAGUUCAUAUCUUCAUUAGUCAAGGAGAGAGCGUGGAUUGGUUUGUCUGACACAGAGAACGAGGGCAACAUGACAUGGGUGGAUAAUUCAACACUGAAACAAGGGUUUUGGCUUAGAGGUGAGCCAAAUAAUCAAGAUGGAAAUGAGGACUGUAUUGAACUGAUGCCUUCACAUCCCGCCCUGAACAACUGGAAUGAUCUGCCAUGCUCAGAGAAGAGAAAAGGGUUUUGUGAGAAAUAGUGUUUAUCAAGCCUUGUUGUGGUUUUGUUUCGAAGUAGUGGAUAUUCAUUUGUAAGGAAACUGUGAAAUUGUCUUUUUUUUAUUGCUAUAACAAACUCUAGGGUGAUAAACUCAUAAUUUGUUUUUUUUUUAAAUCACUGUGUAUUCAUUUUGGUGUUUUUCCUCAUAUUUUCAUUUUAAAUAAGUAAUACCGUCACAACAUCUAGAAAAUAGCUUAAGAACCUCCACGAACACCACAAUCAAAGCAAAACUUUACAGAAAAAAAAAAAGCAAUGGUGCAGAAAAGUAGUUUCUGUAAAUUUGCAUUUAUCAGAUGUUAUUCGGGUAUUGGCUUAAAGAAGAGCCAAAACAUGCAGGUGGAAACUUAUGCUUUCAGUUACCGUCCUGAACUGAACUGCCAUGCUCGGAGAAGAGAAAAGGUGUUUGUGAGAAAUAAGUUUGAUCCCGUCUUGUGUUUUUAAUGGAAUUAUUUUAUGGAAUCAUUUAUGAUUGUGAUUGGUUGUGUUUCUGAUUGAGAUCUUUAAAUACUUUUCCCAUUUUUAUCACAUAAUAAGGCAGAAUAGUUUCUUUAAUAAAUGCUAUUUCAAUUAGCACUGCAUUAUUCAUGUACUUUAUUUAGAACCUGAGGAUGAUUUGAAAAACACACAAACUUUGGGGAAGUCGUGGCCUAAUGGUUAGAGAGUUGGAGAGUCCCACAUUUCCUGCCACUUUUUAUACGUGUGCUCUUUAAUUCUUCAUUUUAUUUCUACUUUACUCAGUGGAAUUUGUACCUUAACGUUCAUGUUUCAUUGCUUGUUUAGCCAAUUUAUCGACUAUUUCAUUUCCUUGUACUCCUGCAUGUGCAGGUACCCAUAGGAACCUCAAGACUAUACCAAUUUUCCUGAACAGAUUUAUAAGUACUUCAUAGAUUAAAUCCUUUCUUGAUGUUGAUUGUUCACUUAUUAUACUAUUUAAAGCUGACAAGGAAUCUGAACAAAUGACUACCCGUGUAGGCUUAAC